UCGAUAUGUCACACAAAAUACAAAAUGUUGUCUUGUUUCUUAUCAAAAUCACCGCUGGUGGGUGGUUGAGAGAUUUGAUUUCUUCGAGAGGAUGGAACCUUGGGGAUGGAGUUGUUGUUCAUUUGGUCGAUUCUAAACUCCCCAACACCACUUUUUUGCAAAGACAUUCAGUAAUCAUGGACUAUGGCGGGUUAGCUCUUAGUGUGAGUCAAGCCCUUGAUAAAGAAGCUUUACAAGUCGGUCUAGGACGAGGAUAUAAGGAUUACACAGAAUCCGCAGCUGUUAGUUUGAUUAUCGGUUAUAAGCUCGCAACGAUGGCAACUCUUGCCUUUUCUGCUGUGGGAGCUUUAGUUUUAAAAGCUCUUAGUGUGGCUAAAAUUGCAGCGGUGCUUUCGAUGAUCCUUUUAGUAUCGAAGCUUUUUCAUCACAAUCAACAGGCGUACGUCGAAGUUGAGCCGGAAUUCGCUGAAAUUCCUCCUGAAGAAUAUUUUCCGUCAGCAUCGAGUGAUUAUUAUUCGUACGCGAGCUUUCCUCCGGGGAUUGAUUACGUACCAGAGACAUUUGGUGGAAAUUCGAGCGAUCAACAAGUGUCGAGACGUCGAGACGCUUCAAAACGAAGAAGAGUGCCGUUGUUGACAAUACAUCAAUAUUCCAUUAAGUCUUGAAGCGAUGACAUUUUUCUCUUAUUUAAGUGUAUUAAGUAGAUAUUAUUGAAUAAAACGUUAUGAGAUUUUUUUCAUUAC